UUGAAUGGAGUAAUAGAAAAAGAGGGGAAAAUUGAAGAGAAGGAAAGAUGAGGUUAUAACAAGGAAGGAAGAGAAUAGGGUUGCGGUGAAUUGAGAAUGGUGGGACCACAGAGGCCACAGUUCGUUCUCUUUGGAUCCUCUAUUGUUCAGAUCAGUUACAGCAAUGGCGGUUGGGGUGCUAUUCUCUCUGACAUUUAUGCCCGCAAAGCGGACGUAUUAUUGCGAGGUUACUAUGGUUGGAACUCAAGACGUGCUAUACAGGUCCUUGAUCAAGUGUUUCCAAAGGAUGCAACUGUUCAGCCUACAUUGGUGAUAGUUUACUUUGGUGGUAAUGAUUCAAUGGGACCUCAUUCAUCUGGAUUGGGUCCUCAUGUACCUCUUCCAGAGUACAUUGAGAACAUGAGAAAAAUUGCAACUCAUCUCAAGAGCCUCUCAGAGAAUAUUCGCAUAAUUUUUCUCAGUUGUCCACCUGUUGACGAGGCCAGAAUUCGUGAAAAUACAAGUCCAUAUUUCAGUGAGUUGGUUCGAACAAAUGAGUUAUGUCGACAGUAUUCUGAGGCCUGUAUAGAGCUAUGCAAAGAGAUGAAUCUGAAGGUUGUUGAUCUUUGGACAGCACUUCAGAAAAGAGAAGAUUGGUUGGCUGCUUGUUUCACGGAUGGGAUUCACUUAGCGGAGGAGGGGAGUAAAAUAGUUGUUGAAGAGAUCCUCAAGGUGUUAAAAGAAGCUGAGUGGACACCUAGUUUACACUGGAAAUCCAUGGCAACAGAAUUUCCUGAAGAUUCUCCUUAUGAUUUGGUUUUAGUAGAUGGUAAAUCCACAAUAAACCCAUCUGACUGGACCUACCAUCGACAAAUUCAAUGGGAUUAGAUUUCCUUUUCCUACUAUUCAAACAUUCACAACGUAUCCUAUAAUUUUCCUUUUCAUUUAAAUGCUAGUUUGUUACUUCUUUAUUCAUAAAGUAUAAUAUAUUGAAAUUACUUUUCGCCCAAGUAGGCCUUAGUUAAUAAUAAAUAAUAUAUCUAGUUUGAGAUAAUGUGAUUGUAUCUUCUAUCGUAGGAUGAACAAUGUAGCACUUUUGUUCCACAAGUUGGAGAUGGAAUAUGUCCAACAUUCCCAACUUGAAUAACAUAUCAUUGUGUAAUUGUUUUUCCAAUGCUUUGGUAAAGACAUCUGUCAUUUGAUCCUUA